UACCUGUGCCAGCAGGCAUGGCGGCCUCCAUGGCGUGGGGCUGUGGAGUAGCAAUGGGUCUAUCCCGGAGCGUUGGAGCCGCCAGGGCGCUGCGCCCUGCGCCGACCUCCGUCGCCUGCUGCGCCCGCGCGGGGCCGGGCCGGCCGCAGAGCACUGGACCUUCGCAGCCGGGCGCGUUCAAGCCGCCCCCCAAACCAGUGAUCGUGGACAAGCGCCGCCCCCCGCGCCAGGAAACCCGGUUCUUGAGUCCUGAAUUCAUUCCUCCAAGACAAAGAACAAAUCCUCUGAAAUUUCACAUAGAAAGACAAGAUAUGUUAGAAAGGAGGAAGGUGCUCCACAUCCCAGAGUUCUAUGUUGGAAGCAUUCUUCGUGUUACUACGGCCGAUCCGUAUGCCAGUGGAAAAACCAGCCAGUUUCUGGGGAUUUGCAUCCAGAGAUCAGGAAAAGGACUUGGAGCGACGUUUAUCCUUAGGAAUACUAUUGAAGGACAAGGUGUUGAGAUUUGCUUUGAACUUUACAACCCUAGAAUCCAGGAGAUCCAAGUGGUCAAAUUAGAGAAGCGGCUGGAUGACAGCUUGCUGUACUUACGAGAUGCCCUUCCUGAGUACAGCACUUUUGAUGUUGAUAUGAAGCCAGUACUACAAGAUUCUGGCCAAGAAGUUCCUAUUAAUCAGCUGAAAGUAAAAAUGAAGCCCAAGCCCUGGUCCAAACGCUGGGAGCGUCCACAGUUUAAUAUUAAAGGAAUCAGAUUUGAACUUUACUUAACUGAAGAGAAAAUGAAAGAAGCUCAGAAGUGGAAUCGGCCGUGGAUUGAGUUUGAUAUGAUGAGGGAAUAUGAUACUUCAAAAAUUGAAGCUGCAAUAUGGGAUGAAAUUGAAGCAUCAAAAAAGUCGUGAUCUAAACAUGUAUUUAGCUCCUUGCAGAAGAUAUACUGACUUUCAGAGUAUGUUUUUAGAGACCAGUUUAAUUUCAUAUAUAAGGACAUAAUCAUUAAAUCAACUAAGUAUUCAUUCUGAGUACUGUUGUAAAAAAAUAAAAUAAAAUUAGCACAUCA